AAAAUUCCCAACUUUUCGUUUUGGUAUUAAUGAAUGCGUUAUAUCAAGUUGGUUUCGUUUAUUUAUUGGGCUAUUUGCGGAUUUUUUCUAGGCUAUAUUCGUCACUGAUCAAUACAACAUAAAUAUCAUGGAUUGCUCAGGUUUUACGGAUAUAGAAGAAAGACUAAAAGCCUUUCCGGAUUCCUUUCAACUUGAUCCGAUUCAACUGGUAAAUAACAAAAAACGAAGGGGUAUUCUUGAUAAACUACUGCUGCAGAGAAAGACCGAAACAAUGUGUUUGAUAGAGAAAAACAGGAACGAUAACUUUGCUUCAUUUCUCCUGUUCCUCUUGAAAGAUUAUGCACAGGCGUUUGAAAAAAAUAAUGAAGUCAUCAAGAGAGACCCGACAAAUAUUGUAGCACGUGCAAAUCGUGUUCGUUUCCUGUACAAGAGUGAUCUACCUGCAGCAGAAGACGGCAUCAAGAAGCUUGAGGAAAUGAAGAAAGAAUCUACUUAUGCAUGGAUGCACGCAGUGGCGGAGGCGGAACUAGCGUUCUGUUUGGCUAGUACUUCUCCUCCCUGUUACUUCAGAGCUGUGAAGAUAUACAGAUCAGUCAAUGACAGGUAUCCGUCUGAAUAUCUGUGGAAGUUUGGCGAGGCGCUAACCAUAAGACGCGGAAUCACUCUCAAUAGCUGUUCAAAGGAAUUUGUAUGUGACAUUGUAGCAUACACAGUUCGCUGUAACCAGCUUUUGCAAGAAAUAGCCGAAAAUGCGGUCAAACCAUUAAAGGCAAAGGCGUGGGUUCAACUUGCAGAACUAAGUCAUAUGGUUACUAAACGUCAUCCACCAUUUAACGUCGAUGUCGCGAGAAAAGUGCAAUACCAAACCAGUAUUUUAUCGCCAAAGUACUGUUGUACGUCAGCACUUAAGUUAGGUGGAGACGACACUUUUGUGCUUGAGAGAAGUGGAAAAUGUUUUCGAUAUUUUGGAAUGUUGGAAGAAUCUAGAAAAUUACUAGAAAAGGCAAUUGAACGUCGGCCAACCAGUUUUGCCCACCAACAUCUUGCCAUGACCCUAAUAAAGAUGUCCGAAAACAACUUUAGUCAGUCUGGCAGAAGUUGUGUAUCGAGUUCCAGGAACACUACGUCAUUUGGAUCACAAUCGUCACGUUCACCAUUCUGGUUACAAAACCAAAGCCAGCGUUUCAGAUUUUCCAAUAAUGAUCCACUGAUACAACCCGCUAUUGAACACUUACGUGCAUCGGCUGAACUAUCGCAAUGGUGUAACAUGUCAGCAAUAAAUUACCUUGGCUUUAUUUAUCUUCAGUUGGAAAACUAUAUAGAAGCCGACAAAAUUUUCAGGAAAAUAAUUGACAGUUACGAAACGCCUGAUUCACCAGUAUUCACUAUCAAUGCCUACGAACAGACUGGACUCUGCUGUUUACGAAAGAGUGAAGCGGCGGGAAUAUCACAGAAGGAAAAAGCUGCGUUAAUCAAGGAAGGAAAAUUCUUCCUCACCUCGGCAAUAGAUACUGCUGCAAGACUUGUGUCUUAUAUUCCAAGUAUUGGAAUGACAGGAUACGAAUACAGUGAUGCGUUCAAAACCAUUGCAGAUAUGUUACAAAGUGAGUACGAUUCCUCAAAGAAAACAACGGAGCUCAAGGAAAUGGCUCGCCUCUACGAGCUCGUUGGCAAGCACAAGAAGUCACUGGAUAUCUAUCAGAAACUAUGCCAAGAAGAUCCAGCUGAAACGAAGAAUGCAGAGAUAUCGAUACGCCUUAUUGAAAACUACCUUGAACUUAAAGACUACGACAAUGCCAAGCUGUGCGUGAGUCUCCUGCUGUGUACGAAUCAAGCUGCAGAUGUUCCUCGUGAUCUCGUGAACCGGGUCUACUUGGAAACAGCACGGCACAUUCUACAAGGACAUGAACUGCAGAGGGCGCACGACUCGUUUAAGAGAGCCUUUGAGCUGAAGUACGGGGCAACGAAAGACCAAGAUGCUGAUGGCUUCGAUGUGAUGAUUCUCCACGAUGAAGGUAACACAGAGACGUCUGAAGCCUCACAGAGUAUACACACGAUUCUGGAAACAUGCACAGGGCUGAGCAUCACUAGGAACCUGGAGGCAGCCUUUGGGGCCAAAACCGAAAUAAGUUCUUAUGAACUUCCCAUGGGAGGUACCAGAGUUCUUAUUGUCGUCUUGAACCCCGACCCACCAGACAAGCAGUGGAAGUACUGGAUUGAUUUAGCACUAACGAUUGCCAAUGACAGAAAGAAUAUGGCGAUCGUCUGCUUAACAACUGGAAGUAACCAUCCUGUCACUGCACUGCAGGGUUUUAGAACAGAACGAACACCGACUGAUGAUAAAGACCACACGUGGCUGUUGGACAUAUUUCGACUUAUGAUUAACCCUUAGUAUGUGAAGUAUUGGAUUGAAUUAACACUAACAACUUAUUACUUGACGUUUUCCGCUUAUGUUUAGCCCUUGAUAUGUAAGGUGAGUGGAAAAGGUGACAUUGCGGCAACACAGAAAAAAUAAAACUGUCUGGUAAAUGGUCAGUUUACCAACAUGAAGGCAAAAGAUCACCAAGAAAUGUUCAACUUCAUCAAUGUUUAUUUAUAACCAAUGGAUUUUAACAGGUUAACAACUCGCUGAAUACAAACUUCAAAUUAUGUAUAUAUAUUUUCCUUAGUAAUUAAAUAAUCAUUAACAUCUAUAUACUAACACUUAACGUAUUCCAAGGUUAAAUGACUAACAAUAUAUUAUGGGCAAUCAUAGACAAUGUAUUUAGCAAGUCAGGUGAUCACCUUAAAACACUGAGCUCAAUCAUCUACCAAUACCUUCACUAAUUAAUAAAACAACUCAACAGACUGAGUCUCUCAAAAAUACAAAUAAUGGACCAAUUAGUUAUUAAUCUGUGCGCUCCCGUCGUAAGUUGGGAGAUGGGGUAUUACAUUUCAUUCAUUUCAACUUAUUUUCGUGCUUAUAUCCAAUUAAGAUAAAAGCACGCUGUCCUGGGCACACACCUCAGCUAUCUGGGCUGUCUGUCCAGGACAGUGGAUUAGUUGUUA